AUAACGAAGUCGGCCGGCAGUCGACAGCCGUCACGCUCGCUCGCAAUACGAGUACUCACGACAAAAUAAAAAAAAAAUAAACAUUCGAAAUGGAUAAAACGAAAAAGUAUUUAAAAAAUGAAUUCCAACCGCAAAUGUUUAAUAUGAGCCAUGAGGAUUUAUCUGAUUUCUAUCUAAGUGCGUUCCAAAAAAAUGUGUCCAUUUGGCCUCUAUUUUUGUUUAGACUAGUGUUGUUUUCUGGUUCUUUGGCCACUGUGAUAGCUUCAAUGGUCAUCAUGUCAAAGGAUAUGCAAAUCAAGCACUGGUUUAUUUUCAUGACACAUUGGGGACUCCUUUUUAAUACAUUGGCCACUGGAUUGGCGUUUGCUGUGUCUGGUGUAAAACUUUACACUGGAUUGGACUCCAGCAUAAACACACUAGUGAAGGUGUACUGGGUGUCCUUCAACUCGACCAUCACCAUCGCGUUCUUCAUCACGGCCUUCUACUGGACGCUGCUCAGCGGGGAAGCAACAGCAGAUUACGCGUUCGAUCCGGUGCUGGACGUGUUCGUCCACGGCAUCAACUCCGUGGUGAUGUUCUGUCUGCUGGUCACCUCCCGGCAGCCCACCAGGGUCCUCCACUUCUACAUACCACUCGCCCUCGGCAUUGUGUACAUGGUGUUCAGUCUACUAUACUACUUCCUCGGUGGAUUAAGUCCUUUCGGCACAGUGUGGAUCUACCCGAUGCUGGACUGGUCGGAGCCCGGCUCCACGAUAGUGCUGGUGAUAAUCUCGGCGCUCCUGAUGAUCGUGCUUCACUUCGUCGUCGUCUCCAUGACCCUCAUCAGGGAUGGCGUCACCAGGUCAUGCAAGCAGUCCACAGUCCUUCCCAUUUGUGAACAAGACAAUGGAAUAUCCAGAAAUCUUUACACGUAGAAUACACCGACAACAGACUGAAUGUGGAACACACUUCGCUAUAGUCAAGUCUAGCGAUGUUGUGUCUCCCACUCCUACUUACAAAAUAGCUUUAACAUUAUUUAUGUUUUAAUGAUAAUUUACUUUAAGUACAUUAUCGAAAUAAAUUAUUUACAAAUGUUA